AUGUUUCUGGAUCCCGCAGUGGCCGGAGCGGCAGGCCGGGAGGUCGGGAGAAGCCCUUGGGGCGGCGUGGCCGGGCUUGAGCCACGACGAAUAACGGGCGAGGGGCGGGGAGGGGCCGAAAGUUUGCCGGGGGGCGAGAGGAGAGGGCGAGUGCAGCGGCGCGGGCCGGCGGGAGGGUCCGGCGGAGUGCGGCAGGGGGGAAAGAGAGAAGCGAGGAGCGCUCCUCCGCGCCCCGGGGUGCCCGGCCCGCCCCCCCCCCCGGAGCCGACGGCAGCUCGCGGACUGCUGGAACUCGGCGGCCUGCGAGCGCGCGCCCUAUAUAGAGCCCGGGAGCGCGGCUGCGGCGGGGCGGGCGCGCCGGGGGAGGGGACAGAACUCGGCCCCCGCCGGGGUCUCCAGGCAACGCCGCCCGCCCGCUCGCGGACGUCAGGCGCCUUCCCGGCCUCCCAUUGGCCGCCGCCAAUUUUUUUCCUCCCGGGGAGGGGGCUGGAGGCCUCCGGGCGGGGCCGGCGGCCCGGGCGGCCGGUGUGGCGUGUAGCUCUCGGCCCCAGUGGAUGCCGCCGGGUGGCGGCGGGAAGGCACGGCUCUUCUCCUCCGGGGCUGCGCGGUCGGAGAGCCCCGGUACGUUUAGCGUGGCCGGGAUUCUGCAGCCCUGGACGUGUCUUUCCCUGCCCUGUUCUCCGAGGCGGACCUGUGGAGCUUUUAGCUCCCACCUUCGGUUUUGUACUGGGCGCGGGAAUUGCAAAAUGCCAGAAUAUCGCAACCAUCCCCGCGGCCCGGCGGGUUUGCAAAGGGUGCCCCGGCCAGGAGGCGGGGGCUCGGGGCCUGCGUCCAGUCGGUGGCGGCUCCAGCCCGACUGCACGUGGAGUCGCGGUGGGGGUGGGGGUGGCCACGCGGGCGGCCGCCGCGGCAGUCUUGCCGGUGGAGCCCGGGCUCGUUUCUCCGCCCCCUCCCCGCCCAGGCUCAGUAAACAGGGCUUGAGCGCCGGGGCCUGCCGGGCAGGGCUGAGUGUCUGAGGACAAGGCGCUGGCUUUGCUAAUCACAUCACAAGACCUUGAGCCAGGGCCAAAGGCGCGGAGUGGCGCGGGACGUCCCGGGCGGGGGAGCUGACUCUGAGGAGAGGAGGAAAGGCCGGGAGAGCCGUGCGGGCUUGAAGGCGACUUAGCGCCACCUUUCCGUCUGCUGGUCGGCCCGGCCUUCCCCAGCCCUCUGGGGCUGGGGGUGCAGCGGCCUGCCGAGGCUCCCCGCCCGGUACAGCCUGGGCCUGUUGCGUCCUCCCAGCCUCUUCCCUCCCCGGCAGUGGGGGCGCCGCGCCCAGCCUUUGCUCGAUGAGGGCUGCAGGAUCCGGCUGAGACCAACCCGCGGCGCAGGUGGGGCUGCACAGACGCUGAUGGUGGGCGCGCCACCCUCUGUUUUCCCUCACUCGCCAGCCCCACACCCCAACAGCUUGCGCUGGAAAAUGCGCUUUGCCAGCGGGCGCCCCGCCUUCGUCCGGGUACGGAGGGGACACUCCCAUCUAGCGCCCAGUGAGGCUAAAGCCGCUGACAGCCCCACUAGGAACGAUCUGGAGUCUGGUCUAGGGCACUUCUCGCUCCGCGUUCAUACAGGUUGCCAAAAAGCUUGGGCCUGAAGCUCGAAGGCCCCGGACCCGCUGGGGAAAGAACUAGGCCUGCCACUCAGGGAUUCGAGUCCCUGGAGUGUGUCCUGCAUUUCCCACUACUGUACUCCCCUCAUGGCCCAGGGAGCCAGAGUCCAGGGUAAGGAUCAGGAAUGCUGGGCUGGAGUUCAGGCCCUGCCCCAGAGAAAUCAUGUGGUCUUAGGCAAAUCACAUCAUCUCUUUGGUACUUGGGUUUCCUUGUUAAACGAAGAUAAUAUUCCUGCUUUAUUCAUCUCUCACCUUUGGCAAGGUGCAAAUGAUAUCUGUGAAGGUGUUUAAAAGACAAGCAAGAACUAAACCAUCUUUAUGUAUUAAACCAAAUUGACAAAAGCUUAAGGGUGGAGAAAGCCAGGCUUCUGAACUGUGGCCAGAUGGACAGAGAGCCACAGAAUCAUGAGUGCAGAGCUGUGGGGGCACCCAAGUCCUGGACCCUAGGACUCACAGCCAAGAGCAGGUGACCUCAGAGGGAUGAGUUUCACUUUUAGCACCUACCCUACACUGACCCCUUGACAUACCUGGGCAACUGUGGUCUGGUUUGUUCUUUGGUGAGAUGACCCCAAACAUCUCACCAAACUGAAACAGCCACUUCCCUAGGCACUCCUAUUAGGUUAGUAACAAGAUUUCAGAUACAGAACCAAUGGAAACAUCUGUUUGAAACAACGUCCAAAUCUGGGGUGAGUCCCAGUCAACAGCUGUGAGAACACCCACUUUGCAGAUUAGGAUUCUGGAGAUAACAUGUGGACAUGUUACGGGACAUGCUUGUGUACAGAGUACCUGCUAGUAUAAAAUGUAUAAUGUAGCUGCUUUUAUUUCAUUUUAAAUGGAGAAAAAAAGAAGUGCUGGCCAUUUCCAAUGAGCUGGGCUUUGUUGGGCCAGUUUCAUUAUUAUUUUUCUGUGGUUAUCACCACAUUUAUUUUACCAAGUCCCUCACUUCUCACCAGCUAGGUCUUAGAACAAAAAGUGUUAGGUUGGCAGCUUUCCAUCAGGUGUGGGCUACACAGUUUCCUAACUAGGUAAUUAAUUCAGGAUCACAAAAACCACAUUUGGGGCCGAGUGGUUGCAAAACCACCCGGGGAAUUUCCUGUUCUCUUUAGGACAAAACUUUGGACACUGAGUUAACUUCUUUCCUGCCUCUUCCUACAAAGCCCCUUUCCUAUACUUCCAGUAUGGCUGCUUUUUUGUUCUUAAAUUCCUUUCUUUUAGUGAUGGGGUCUUGCUGUGUUACUCAGGCUGGAAUGCAGUGGCCUUUCACAGGCAUGAACUCCUGGGCGAUCCUCCCACCUCAGCCUCCUGAGUAGCUGGGAUUACAAGUGUGCACCAUCAUGCCUGGCUUACAGCUGCAUUUUUAGUGUUAGAUGGUUUUCUCUUGAAGAGCGAUGAAUUACAUUUGAAAUAUGAGCUUUUCUGCAGUAGGAAAUGAUUGUAAACUCACUCUCCUCUAACCCGCCCCUUCAGACUCUGUGAAACAUCAAUGAAAUUACUCUAAGUGAUCAUUUACCUGAGUACUUUUUUUUUUUACAGACCCUAAAAUCUGGAGCAAAUUUACAUACUAUGAAAUGUUUUUUUCAGAUCAGUAGGAUGAAAAAUGAAUGCGGAUGAAGCUACUACCCUUCCAAAGCUAUGAUUCUCAAGAUAACUGUUAGUGGGUAACACUUAUUCUGAAAUUAUAAAUGAAAAAUGGUGAGCCAGUGAAAAACUGGACCAGCAGCAAAACGUAUGCAAGAGCGCCACCUGCUGGAUGUGUGAGGAAGAGGGCUGGGCUGGGCUUGAAAAGGCAGAAAAUCAUUAAGGUUUCUAGAUUAAAAUCACUGCAAAGGAUGAGAGAGAGAGAGAGAAAGAGAGAGAGAGAGAGUGAGUGUGUGUGUGUGUGUGUGUGUGUGUGUGUGUGUUUGAGACGAGUCUCACUCUGUCGCCCAGGCUGGAGUGCAGUGGUGCGAUCUCAGCUCACUGCAACCUCCGCUUCCCGGGUUCAAGCAAUUCUCUGCCUCAGCCUCCCGAGUGGCUGGGAUUACAGGCGCCCACCACCACGCCCAGCUAAUUUUUUUUUGCAUUUUUUGUAGAGACGUGGGUUUCACCAUCUUGACCAGGCUGGUCUUGAACUCCUGACCUUGUGAUCCACCCGCCUCAGCCUCCCAACAUGCUGGGAUUACAGGUGUGAACCACCGCGCCCAGCUGAUAAAUGUGUUUAAUGGCAUUUUAAGUGAGACACUUGUUACUGCCACCAAGCGAUAGGUAAACAAUGCAGGCAUAGAAUAAGUCAUUUUCUCUGACUCUCCUUUCCCCAGGUUCCUCCUCACAGCUAAGAGCACGGAUAUACUUUCACUGGGUGGCAAAAUCAGGUUUCCUAGCAUUAGCAUACUUUUUGGGGGGUAGGGGAAAUGCUCAAUGGCUCUUUGAAUAAUUAGGAUGGAAUGUGUAGGUCACUGCAGGACUUAACACAUGCAGACAAUAAAAAUAAAGUAUUUGUGCAAAGUUGAUCCUGAAUUCUCCCAGGAUCCAACAUUUGGAACAUAUUUCUGCUUUGCUAAAAUGGAACAAAAUUUAUAAAUCUGACCAAAUGGGCUGUUUGCCAACUAAUCCAGCCCCUACAUAAAGCCAGAAAAGGGGAGAGGGGAGGGAUCAUGUGUAUGUGCUAAAAUCCAACUCUGUGUAGUCAUUUCACAGAGAAUGCAGGGCGGCUAUGGCAGGACAUUAGAGGCCCUGGGGGAUGAAAAAGGCUCAUUCAGGCCUGCAGGUGGCCUGCACCUGGGGAAAGAGUAAAUCUGCAACGGAGUCGCCUCACUUCCUACAGUAGCAGCAAUAAAAUAGGCUGCCCUGAAUGAGUGAACUGAAGAAAAGUUUCUCUGUAAGGAGUGACAGACGACUGGACUCACAGAAGUAGGGGAGGCAUGAAUGGGAUAAAAUUUUUGAAUUUAUGUUCAACAUGUUUCCUGCAGAUUUAGUGGAGGAAAAAUCCACACAUACCCCCAUCCCAAUCCCCCAAAUUUUCUUCAACAUGCCGCUUCUGUUCUUGGAAGAGUUAACUGCCUCGCUUCUGCAUAAGAGUCCCAAACACUGAGAACUAGGGUGUCUUCCCCUUCCUUUCCUUCCAAAAAGGCCAGCAGCCUCAAGCAAGCCAAAGUCCUUUCCUCUUGAAUGCGUAGUCUUGUGAACUCCACUGUCUUCACAAACUCAGCAGCUGGUGGAAGCUCUCUGAAGAACUGAGACAGGAGGUGGCACUGCUCUGACACCAUCCUUUGAAGGUGACAGAGCAUCUCAGGGCUUGGGGGACGCCAGCCGGACUUCGAGAGGAGACAGAAGAGGUGCUUGCAGAGGCCACGAGGUCAUCACUCUCUCCCAACAGCCAUCCCAGCAGGAUGGGCAGUCCAGGGGCCAACUGGUCCCACUGCUGGAGCAGAUCACACAGGACGGCCAGGGCCAGGGCCAGAGCGAUGGAGGCAUCCACCUGGCAGAAGGCAAACUCUGCAAAGACAGGAGAAAGUGUCACCAGAAGGAUCAGGAAGGCUUCCCUGUCCAGUGUCUCCUCUGCACAUCUGCCUGGAUUUGACUGGUUUGUCCUUUCCUUGGAAAGCAGAUCUCUUGGGCACAAGACACAUCCUAGAGCAGGGCAUCGGCAAGCUUUUCCUUAAAGGGCCAGAGAGUCAAUAUUUUAGGCUUUGCAAGUCUAUACCUCCUCAACUCGGCUGAAAGCAGCCAUGGACAAUCUGUAAACAAAUGGUUGUGGCUGUGUUCCAAUAAAACUUUAUUUAUGGACACUGAAA